AUGGCCAAUUCAAAGGGUCGCCCUAUUGUCUCACUAACUACUUCAAAUACAUUCACACACAAAACAUGGAGGUACAUUGCUACCAUUGUGUUAGUGUUGUUAGCAUUCUUGAGUAUUAGCUCUUCUCUCGCAGUGGAAGGAAAAAAAGUACUGGAAUUAAUUGGACACAGAGGAGCUCCAAAUUUAAGACCUGAGCAUAGUUAUGAAUCCUAUUUAUUAGCCUAUCAACAAGGUGCUGAUUAUAUUGAAUUUGAUGUCAUGCCAUCCAAAGAUGGUGUUUUAAUGGUUUCACAUAGUAAUGAGCUUUCGGAAAUAACCAACGUUGCUCAUGUUUCAAAGUUUGCCAGUAAAAAGACAACCAAAGUAGUUGACUUUAAAACCUAUAAGGGAUGGUUUAUGGAAGAUUUCACACUCUCAGAAUUAUACGAAUUACGUUUGAGACAAAGAUAUCCCAAACCAAGAGGAACCAAAUUUGACAAUCUCUUUCAAAUGCUGACAUUGGAAGAGGCAAUGGACUACAUUCUUGCCCUCACUCCUGUCAAUGGAACCACUAUCAAACUCUACAUUGAAACAAAACAUCCAACAUACUUUAAACAGGUGUUAAAUGUUGAUGUGAAUCAAAUGUUGGUCGAUGUUUUGACCAAGUACAACUAUUUGGAGCAUACCAUGUUUGAAUCGUUUGAGAUUUCGAGUAUGGCUGCAAUGAAAAACAUACUUUCACAGAGAAAUAUUGCACCACUCGGUUUUGUUCUCUUGCUAUUUUCUAAUGAAACAAGACAAGCCGAUAAUGGAAGAUAUUAUGGAGAGUAUUUGACAGAGAGUGGAAUUGAUUUGGCAAAGAGUAUGGGAAUAACUGGAUUUGGGCCGGCAUGGAGUCUGGUUACGAAACCUUGGGUUGAUCUGGUCCAUCAACGAUCCAUGAUUAUUCAUCCAUAUACUUACAGACCUGAAGAAUACUUUUUGAAGGAUACACCAUACAUGACCUUUUCAGAAUUUAUUGGAAGUGCUUUGGAGCUUGGAGUUGAUGGAGUUUUCACAGAAGAUAUUACUCAGACAAGGGAAAUUGUAGAGGCAUAUGAAUCUGAUAACUCACUCCAAACAAUUUUAAUCAUUGGUGGAGUAAUGGCAUUGGUUUUGAUUAUAGUUUUUACUGCCUCAUUGUUUGUUGCUUAUUUUUGUGGAAUGAGAAAGAGUAAGAAUUCAUCCUCUAUUAAUAUUUAUCAACAAGAGGAACAAGUUGGCCUCACAGGGAAACCAUCUACUUUCGUUUAUCAACAAGAAUAA